GCGACGGGACUCCGGAUGAUGAGCAAGAGGACGAGGGCCCUUCAACGACUACAACCCAAAUUGGUAAGAAAUCUAAAUCUGCUAUUAUUGAAAACAAUUAUACAAAAAGGAAAGACGAAAAAACCGAAAAAUGGUACGCAAGUUGCAAUCAUUGCAAGAAAGAGUUUAGCUUGGGAAUUUCUGGCGGAUACGGGAGUCUCAAAAGGCAUCUUCAGUCCGCCCACUUUGUGGAGUAUGCGAAAAUAGACAAAGGAAAGGGGAAGCAAACACAAAUAUCAAGGUUUGCAAAUUCUCAACCCUUUGGUAAUUUUUCCUAUGAUGAUAAAAAACAUUUGACUGGUAUGUCUCAUUUAAUUGUUGAAGAAAAUUUACCCUUUAUUUUUUCCGAAAGUCUUGCUUUAAGAGAUUAUGCUCAAGGUACUUUAAAUCCUCAAUUUAGAAAUUAUAGUCGCAAAACGAUUAAAAAAGAAGUUAUAAGGCAAUAUAACUUGGAAAAAGAAAAAUUACAAAUAUUUUUCGCAAACUUUGAUGGACGUGUUAGUAUUUGUAGCGAUAUAUGGGAGGAUACUUAUCAUCAUUUAUAUUAUUUGGGUCUAACUGCACAUUAUAUUGAUGAUGAUUGGAAUAUGCAUAAACGUGUUCUUGUUUUUCGUGAAUUCAAUGAUCGUCACACUGCUGAUAAUAUUUAUAUUCUCAUUGAACGUAUUUUAAUUGAGUAUAAUUUGAUUGAUAAGGUGUUUGCUGUAGGUUUUGAUAAUGCUAGUAAUAAUACUGCUGCUAUACCUAGAUUACGUGAAUUGUGUGGUGCUUCUACAUUGAUUGGUAGAUUUUUUCAUCAACGUUGUGCAUGUCAUAUUCUAAAUUUGUGUGUACAAGAUGGCUUAGCGGCAUUAGGAAAUGCUUUGGAGGUAGUGAAGGGGGGAAUUAAAUUGAUUUGGGCUAACACUCCACUAAAAAUGCAAUGGCGGCAAUAUUUGAAGGAUAGACGUGUGAAUUAUUGUGCUUUUCCUAAAGAUUUGUCUAUUCGUUGGAAUAGUACUUAUAAUUUAAUUCAAGUACUUGUUAGAUAUAAAGAUCAUUUUCCAGCUUUUUUAAGACAAACUUGUAACUAUAUUAUAAACCCGGCUGACAUCGACACUUGUGAAAAAAUUGUUAAUGUUUUGGCAUAUUUUAAUAACGCAACUCUAACUUUUAGUCAUGUUUAUAAACCUACCGCAAACGAAUUUUUUGUUGAAGCUGUUAAUCUCGCCGGCGCUUUUUGUGAAUUUUCCGACGCCACUUACGUUAGUUAUUUUUGUGAUUUCAUGAAACAAAAGUUUUUAAAAUAUUAUUCACAUAUUCCGCAUAUAUAUGGUAUUGCAUUUGUUCUUGAUCCUCGUUAUAAACUUCCUUACUUGGCAAAUUGUAUAGAUUACUAUUAUGCUUCUUUUUUUCCAACUCAAGAGUUCGAUGAUAAUCCCAUCGACCCUAAACAAGAAUUCAACGAGGUUAGUAAUUUAUUUCAUCAAUUGUAUAAUGAAUUUCAUGCACAAUAUGGUAAUGCACCCCCUCCCAUGCAACGAACAUCUUCUUCAUCUAAAGGAAAAUCACUUUUAAAAUCCGCUUUUGGUUCUCUUUUGAAAAAAAGUAGAGCAACUCCCGCUACUGAACAAAGCUCAGGUAACGAGCUUUCUUUGUAUCUAACAUUGAAUGUUGAUUAUGAAGUUGGUGAUGACUUUGACGUUCUUAAGUGGUGGAAGGAAAAUGAAAGAACAUUCCCGAUUUUAUCAAAGAUGGCUAAGCAAGUACUAGCAAUGCCGAUAUCAACCGUUGCCGUGGAACAAGAAUUCAGUGCGGCCGGCAACGUCCUAACCGAUUUUAGAACGAGGUUGAGCCCGAGCUCUCUUGAGACACUAGUUUGCUUUCACGAUUGGUUGAAGGCCCAACGAAGAACUCAAGAAAUUACCAUCACUCCCUCCCGCCACUUUAUGGAGGAAACAACCGAAGGCGGAGAGUCCGAUUGAUUUUUUAUUACAAAAUAUAUUACAUUUUUUAAAUUCA